AUAUAGUUAUCUGUGGAUUGGUGGAAAAACUUGUAAAUUGUAAUCUUCUAAUGAUUUGAAGAAGAUAAUAACACUAAUAAAUAGAAAUAAUAUAAUAUGAGAUAAACCUACAAAGUAAAUAAUAAAUAAGUAUAUAAAGUACAAAAAAAUUUAUAAUGAAUACCCAUUAAUUUCCAACAGCUUUGAAACAGUGUAUUUGUAGGUUAAAUUAUAAGGCAUAUCUUUAGAAUUGUACCUUACCUAAUAGUUUAUUAUAGUAAUAGAAUAUUAAGAAGGAUAUUCAACAUGAUUUUGCAUUUAAAAUAUCCUUGUAGUGCUUAUAAAUCGUUAAGGAGAUUAUUGACGCAGCAGGCCUCUUCGACUUUAAGUGAAAAUUCUUUAAACUACUGUGCGACCAUUGUAAGACAGCAUGAUUAUGAAAAUUAUUUGGCUACUCUCCUCAUGACAAAAGCCUUGAGGUCUCCUGCAUUAGUUGUAAGAGCCUAUAAUGCAGAAAUAGCGAGGGUUCAAGACCAAACUACGGAUCCUCAGACUGCAGCGAUGAGGUUGCAGUUCUGGCAAGAUGCUGUGGGUGUUAUCUAUGAUCAACAAAAUGCUAAUAUACCAGCCAAUCCUGUAACUCAAGAACUGAACAAGGUAUGUGCAACUUAUAAGCUUCCAAGACGCUACAUUGAAAGACUCAUUUCAUCACGAGCUGGAUUACUCAAAAAUAAAUAUUUUAAGUCACUAGAAGAUGUUGAAGCAUAUACAGAAAACACUGUUUCUACUAUCUAUUAUUUAUUGCUUUGUAUUGCUGGAGUUGCCAAUGUACACGCUGAUCAUGCUGCAUCCCAUUUGGGUAAGGCUCAAGGACUAGUCAACAUAUUAAGAUCUGUUCAUGUAUCAAAUUACCACAAAACAAUAUGUUUGCCAAUGGAGGUAUUGAUGAAGUAUGAAGUCAGUCAACAGGCAGUUCUGAGGGGGACUGAUAAUGAGAACAUGAGGAAUGUUGUAUUUGAAAUAGCUAGUAGAGCUAAUAGUCAUUUAGAAAAGGCAAGAAAAAUUGAAGUACCAAAAUUAUGUAAUCAGAUAUUUCUACCAGCUAUUGCAGUGGAUAAAUAUUUAACGAAACUGCAGAAGAAGAACUUUAAUGUUUUUGAUAAAUCAUUACAACUUGGUAGUCCUAUGUUACCUUUAAGUUUAUAUUACAGAAGAUUGUUAAAUAAAUAUUAACUUAAUUUCUAUAUAUUUUGUUCAUAAUAUUAUAAUAUUUAAUUUAUUGACAGCUAAAUGCAAAAUAAAUAUUAGAGAAAUCUCA